AGAAUUGUUCUAUGAUCUAGUAUAUGAUUUAUCUUGGAGAAUGUUCUAUGUGCACUUGAGAAGGAUGCCUGUUCUGUGUUCUGUUGUAGGGUGUUCUGUAGAUGUCUGUUAGAUCUAGUGUUGUUUGUGAGCUUUCUGUCUGGUUUUUCUGUUCAUUUCUGGAAAUGUGGUGUUGAAGUAUCUGACUUUUAUUAUUGAAUUAUUUAUUCCUCCAUUUGAUUCUGACAAUUUUGCUUCAUAUAUUUUUGGGUGCUAUUGUUAGGUGUAUUUCAUAUGGUCAUAAUUCUGGUAUCCUCCUGAUGGAUUGAUCCUUUACAAUUAUGGAAGUCCCUCUUUAUCUCUAGUAACAUUUUAUUAGUUUAAAAUCGGUUUUGCCAGAUAUAGAAACUCCAGUUUUCUUUUGUGUACUGCUUACAUGGUAUAUAUUUUUUUGACCUAUUUACUUUCGACAUAUCUGUGUUUAGUGAAUAGUUUUUGUUUAAAGAUUUCAAUGUUUUUAAGUUUAUUUUUUUAAUAAAUCAUACACUAUAAGUCAUUCUUUUUCUUUAUGUACAGUUCUAGGAAUUUUAACAUAUAUGUAGUUACGUGUAACCAUGCCUAUGAUAGGAUAGAAAAAAAUUACAUUAUCUCCAGAACUCCCCUCUUGCAAACCUAAUUCCUAGCAUAGAAUGAUAUUCUCCCUUGUGGGGAGUUCUCAUUAUACCAUCAUAGGUUAGGGAUUCAUAUUACAUUAUGAUCAUUAUCACUAUCAUUUGACCAUGAUUUUGUUGAUUGUCUUUUUUCUUCAACUCUUCUGAGGCUUUGUGUUGAGCUAUGUAACUACCUUAGCACACAGAGUUAAGGACAGGUGGGGAUUAUUUUCUGGGCUACAAUAUUGAUUAGAGUCAUUCAAACGUAAAAGAUUCUUAGAAGAAUUGACGUGACAUCAAGAUGAAGCUGAGACUUGAGUCUUAUUUGAGGGCUGGUAUUUUCCACCAACAUUGGGAACACUACUACAACAUUGUCAUAUUACCUAAUCUGAAUAGUAGCCUAGAAAUUCCAGGUCUUUGGUGAUAGCUGAGCAAUUAUAAAUGCAUCCCUAAGUAUGCCUGGCAUCCUGUCUCAUCCUCCUGCUCCCAGUUGACUCUGGAAAGCAAAUAGAGUGUAACAAUAGAGUCCUGUAAUGUUCCUGUGUAGGGCUGACCUUUGUAUCAUUGUUAAUCCUUGUCCUCUCUUUUCAGAGACAAAGAUUAAAUUAAAACUGUAUGAAACCCUUUUCUGAGUCACAGGGAUAGGCUGCUUUCCCUCUUUGAAAACCCAAAGGAUUUAACAGGAUUUUCCCCUUCUCAAACACCACCCCCCGUCACUCUGACCUUAACAGCUUCCCAACGUUAGGGAAAGGCAGGAAGUUUUCCCUGUGGUUUUUCUUUGUGACGACAUGAUGGGACAGGUUGAUCAAUGGGGGAAAACCCAUGUCAGAACACGCCUUCUGUGUACAUUCCCAAUAUUUGCUAUAAGAAGGGCCAUCCCAGACCCAGGCUACUCUCAGAACCUAGCAUUACUCCCAGAGCACUCGGUACUCAGCACUGAGAAGAUCUAUUCUUUGAGCUGAAAAUGAUGUGCAGUAGCAAGAAUUUGCUCCUGGCUGCUUUGAUGUCAGUGCUGCUACUCCACCUCUGCAGCAAGUCAGAAGCAGCAAGCAACUUUGAUUGCUGUCUUCGAUAUACAGAACAUAUCCUUCAUCCCAAAUAUAUUGUGGGCUUCACACAGCAAUUGGCCAAUGAAGCUUGUGACAUCAAUGCUGUCAUCUUUUACACAAAGAGAAAAUUGGCUGUGUGUGCAGAUCCAAAGAAGAACUGGGUGAAAAAGGCUGUGCAAAUCCUCAGCCACAGAGUCAAGAAGAUGUAAAACCGAUGCUCUCUGGAGUGGAAUUGGACAGAGCCUAUGAACAAAAAUAAUCUAGCAGGAGUUGGUUGUUGAGAGUGUAGCACAUACCUGAUUUGUGCUUCAUUGGACUUGUCCAAUUAAUGAAGUUGAUACAUAUUGCAUCAUAGUUUGCUUUGUUAAGCAUCAUAUUAGAAUCAAACUCUAUUUUAUUUUAUUUAUAUAUAUAUCUAUAUAUAUCUAUAUGUGUCUUUUUGUGUGUGUUUUUACUAUUUAAUACUAAUUUUCUAUAAGCUACUUGGUUUAGUAUGAGGUAUAAUGUUAUGUUCAGAGAAAUGAGGUUAUAUGGACUUUCUUGUAAGCAGCAAGCUCUUUGUAAAAAACUAUUUAACAUUUUUCUUCUACAUUGUUUUGUUUCCAAAACCGUUGUA